CGUUGUCAGGGCGCCGCGGCCUGGAUGUUACUCCAGGGGGCGGCCCGGUGCGGCCGGGGCCUGGCGGGGCGGAGCAGCGCGGGCGGGGCCUGUUCCCAGGUAAAUCUACAACUCUUCAGGUGCACGCAGCGCUGGAGACUGCAGGGAUGUGGGUUUCCUUUCUGGGAUGGGCUCCCGCGCAGAGACCACCUAAAAAGCUGCUUCUGCAAUGUUCGGAGUUUUUCCAUGGACCUGACAAAUGCAGAUUUUAGCCACCAUCUAAGCCAUUCGGACACCCGAGGAGAUGGCUCUCAGACUGAUCCCCAGCAGAGUGACGGAGAUCCCUGCGCUGCGGGGGGCUCAGAACCUUUGAAAGACACAGAGCCCCCUUUUUCCAAGCCCCCAACGCUCCUUCCCCCCACUAACUGCUGUAUGAGUGGCUGCCACAACUGCGUUUGGAUUGCAUAUGUAGAGGAGCUGCAGAAGCACUAUCAGGAUGGGGGAGAACAGGCCUUAGCAGCUGUGGAAAAGCACAUAGAAGAUGAGAACAUUAAAAUGAUUUUAAAGAUGGAAAUCCGAUUCCGCAUGAAGAAAGACUGAUGUUCACAGCCUACACUGUUGGCUUCUGCCAUGGCUCCUCCUCUCCCAUGGCAUGACAAACUCCAGAGAGCGAGCGAGCCCAUAUUUAUUUAUUACCCUUCUCCGAAAAGGCUCCUCUUUUAACAUAGUUUGUCCGUCUCCUUUUAAGCUUGGUUCUUGGGCUCAAGAGCCCAGUUUGACUACCGGUUGGAAAAGGAUUGCUGUUAUUUACUGGUAUGAGUUACAGUUCUUGGCAGAAAUUGGGUGAAAAUAAAUUCAUGCCCGUGUGCUUAAAAAUGUGAACCUCUUCUAGGCGUGUGUCUCUGUUCUGGGCUUGUGCAACGCCUACCUGGCCCUACUUCAUGCUUAACGCAAUGGAGUCGCUCCUGGCGCACACUGCUUUAAGAGUGUUUGUUUAACAUCUAGGCUGGGAAUCCCAAACGGGACAAAGAAUUCAGCACUCAAAUCCCACAUUCUCUGGGAGUUUAAGUCCGUUAGCCCUCCUUAAAACCCCACUGUGGAUUGGAUAAAUAGUCCUCUCUCUCCCCUGAUGCAUGGCCAGCUGUGCUCCCCUCUGGAUCCUCAACACUACUUCCUCACCCAGCUGCUGGGUGGCUGGAGCUGAAGAGCCUAGUGCAUAACCGGCAGUUCCCUGGGAGGGCCUGGGAGCCCUUUAGCACCACCCUGUUUGCUGUGUC